AAGAGGCUGCUCUCCUCUGGCCGCCGUGUGUGGGCUGGGGUUGGUGCGGGCUCCUGCCUUGGCCGCACUUGGCCGCACUAGUGCUGCAGCGGUUUUUGUGUCCGGCUUGGGAUUUGCUUUGUGUGUGCGACUUUCCGCUGUGCUGCGCAGCGCAAGUCUCGGCCGGGAGCCGUGAGAUUAGGCGGCAGCUCGACCCCCCCCCCCGGAGCAAAGAGCGAGCGCGCCGGCGUGAGCGGCGGGUGUGAGGGCUGCGGGAAGGGGAUUCGCCGCCGAGAUGCCGGAGUUCCUGGAAGACCCCUCGGUCCUGACCAAAGAGAAGUUGAAGAGUGAGCUGGUCGCCAACAAUGUGACGCUCCCGGCCGGGGAGCAGCGCAAAGACGUGUACGUGCAGCUCUACCUGCAGCACCUUACGGCGCGCAACCGGCCGACGCUCGCCGCGGGUGCCAACAGCAAGGGGCCCCCGGACUUCUCCAGCGACGAGGAGCGCGAGCCUACCCCGGUCCUCGGCUCCGGGGCCGCCGCCGCGGGCCGCAGCCGCGCCGCCGUCGCAGGAAGGAAAGCCACAAAGAAAACAGAUAAACCCAGACUAGAAGAUAAAGAUGAUCUAGAUGUAACAGAGCUCACUAAUGAAGAGCUUCUCGAUCAGCUUGUGAAGUAUGGAGUGAACCCUGGUCCGAUCGUGGGAACAACCAGGAAACUAUAUGAGAAAAAGCUAUUGAAACUGAGGGAACAAGGAACAGAAUCUAGAUCUUCUACUCCUCUGCCAACAAUUUCUUCUUCAGUGGAAAAUACAAGACAGAAUGGAAGUAAUGACUCUGACAGAUACAGUGACAAUGAAGAAGACUCUAAAAUAGAGCUCAAGCUUGAGAAGAGAGAACCACUAAAGGGCAGAGCAAAGACUCCAGUAACACUCAAGCAAAGAAGAGUUGAGCACAAUCAGAGCUAUUCUCAAGCUGGAAUAACUGAGACUGAAUGGACAAGUGGAUCUUCAAAAGGCGGACCUCUGCAGGCAUUAACUAGGGAGUCUACAAGAGGGUCGAGACGCACUCCGAGGAAAAGGGUGGAAACUUCAGAACAUUUUCGUAUAGAUGGUGCAGUAAUUUCAGAGAGUACUCCCAUAGCUGAAACUAUAAUGGCUUCAAGCAACGAAACCUUAGUUGUCAAUAGGGUGACUGGAAAUUUCAAGCAUGCAGCUCCUAUUCUGCCAAUCACUGAAUUCUCAGACAUACCCAGAAGAACACCAAAGAAACCAUUGACAAGAGCUGAAGUGGGAGAAAAAACAGAGGAAAGAAGAGUAGAAAGGGAUAUUCUUAAGGAAAUGUUUCCCUUCGAAGCAUCUACACCAACGGGAAUUAGUGCUAGUUGCCGCAGACCAAUCAAAGGAGCGGCAGGCCGACCAUUAGAACUCAGUGAUUUCAGGAUGGAAGAAUCUUUUUCAUCUAAAUAUAUUCCUAAGUAUGUUCCUUUGGCAGAUGUCAAGUCAGAAAAGACAAAAAAGGGACGCUCCAUUCCCAUGUGGAUAAAAAUUUUGCUUUUUGUUGUUGUGGCCAUUUUUUUGUUUUUGGUCUACCAAGCUAUGGAAACCAACCAAGGAAAUCCAUUCUAUCAGUUUAUUUCUAAUAACUCUAAAAAUGCCAACUGAACAAUAUCUCUUUGGCACAUUCAACUUGGUCUCCUAUUUUUAAUAACUGUAUAAAGAAAACAUUUGCGUACAUUUCUUGACUCAAGAACAAAAAAAAUGUGAUUUCACCUCAAUAAAUGUAAUAUUCCAUUGAAAAGCAAACAAGAUAUAUAUAAAUGGACUUCAUUUAAUGUUUUGGACUUUGGACUAGGAGAUCACUUCGUGCCAUAUGAAUAAUCUUUUUUAGCUCUGGAACUUUUUUGUAGGCUUUAUUUUUUUAACGUGGACAUCUUAUUUCUUUUUUGAGAAAAAUUAUAUUGUUUUUGUGUAUUUGGGAAACAAGAAGGGCAAAACAUGGUGGUAUAAUGUGAAGCUAUACAUUUAAAUACUUUGAAUUCUUACAGAAAAGAUUUUAAGAAUUCUCUGCUGAAUAAAAACUAGAGAUGUGAAACAUGAAAUUCGGUAAGAGAAAAAGUAAUUUGGGGUUGGUCUUUUUGUAACUGCAACAAAGUUUGAUGGUGUUUAUGGGGGAAAGUAUAGCGAUAAUCUCCUGUAAUUUUAUCAAUUGUAAUGUUAUUGUAGCCCUAUUGUACUCACUUUUUAAAGUAUUUCUAGUAUCAUGAAUGUCCAACCCAUUUAGAUGCAGUUGAUUUUUAGCAGGGAUCUAUCAGUGUAACAUGUCCGUGCUUUGGAGAACUGUUACAGCUAUCCAUGUUUUUAAAAAACAGCCAUACAUGUUUUUAAAACCUGUUUAGCUGGCUAUAAGGCUAAAAUUGGAAGCUCGUAACUUUUUAUUUACAACAGAACAUUUAUUCUGUCAAUCCAAUUUGUUACCAAAAUAUUUUUUAGAUAAAUAAGUGUGUGUGUAUUUAGAAGUUAGAAAUUUUAAACACCCAUCUUAGGUUCCAUUUGGAUUCAUUAGUGAAUUAUCUUCUGUUACCAAAACAAAUUUUGCCAAGUUUUUGUUUUUUUUGGGUUUUUUUGCACCAAAUUUCCCAACAUAAUUUGAUUUGAAAGUGUAAAAACCAUGUGCUUUUCAUUUUAAAUCACAUAGUGAACUUUUCUUGGAUACACAGGAUUUAUAAACUCUGAAAUUGAGGCGGGCAUUAUGAUUUUUGUUUACUCUUGAAAGGGUUAACUGUAUCUUUGUGAUUAAUUUUUUUAGCUAAAACUUACCUCACGUAUAACUUGGUUUGGUAAAGUAGGUAGGUAUUUGAAAUUUCCAUAGAAUCAAGUAAAACAAAAAUUUUGAACUUAAUCAUUGAGUUUCGACUUUACAGUCAUUGACCAUAAAGCACAUUAAAAAUGUAAGUUGUUUUUAAAUAUCAUCUGAAAUAAAAAGAUCCUUUUUAAAAAGGAAAAGCUAAAGAUGUAUAUUGAGACCAACACAGCAUUUUAAUUUGGAUCAGCCCUCAUCUGAUAAUUAGCUUGUAGAUAUUUUGUAGAUAUUUUUCGCUUACUUGGCCAUUGACUAGAAACAUUUAUAGUUCUGUUCCCUGCAAAGGCAAUGGGAAACUUACUCCUACAUCAGAAAUGCUUGCCUCUCUGAGUAAAAGUGUAUCUUUGAAAUGAGCCCCAGAGGGAGCACUUUUACUCAGCCUUGCCUUUCUACAGCGAUAACAGUCUACUUGUACUUUCUUUGUUUCCCAUAUUGUUUUCAAUCUUUUGUUUAUAAUUAGAAGUUGUAAGAAGCUGCAUUUAAUGUUCAGAAAUAUGGGAAAAGAAAGCAGACUUAAUAUGUAUGUAAGAUCAGUUUUCUAAUAGGAAAGAUAUGUUCCAAAAUAGCUAAGUAGGUCAAGAUAAAAACAUGUAGUCUUUUCUUUUUUUCGUUUAAUGUGUACUUAGUCUUUUGUCUGUGUCUGUUUUAUUCCACUAGAAUAAAUGUGUCCUUGAUGUAAAUGCAAAGCAUUUCUUCCUGAUUAAAAUUGUAGAUGUAGAUUUUACAAUAUAAUUCAGUAAUAAAAAUGUAAUUAACCUCUAGUUUUGUCAUUGCAAUAAAUACUUUCCAAAUAGGACAAACUAUAAGAUUUCCUGAUAACAUUUUUUUUUGCUUUUUUUGCUUUUUAGGGCCACAUCUGCAGCAUAUGGAGGUUCCCAGGCUAGAAUCGGAGCUACAGCUGCCAGCCUAUGCCAGAGCCGCAGCAAUGCCAGAUCCGAGCCACAUCCGGAUCCUUAACCCACUGAGUGAGGCCAGGGAUGGAACCCACAACCUCAUGGUUCCUAGCUGGAUUUGUUUCCACUGAGCCGUGGUGGGAACUCCCUGAUAACAUUUUAUAUGUGAGAUUUAUGGAUUAUUGAGUUUUAAUUCUCAUUUCAGUCUACUCUGUAUUUUGCUUCUAAUCAUGAUAGUAAUCUGGUCCUCUUUUGUUCCUAGGUAAGCAAUCUCUAGCCAUUAGACUCUCAGAAUGAUGUAGGGAAGCUCUUGGAGGCGCUUAUCUGUGGUGCUCAUGAUUGUUAGUCUUGCUUUCUUUUUUUCUUCCCCCUCUUUCUUUUUCAGCUGCAUCCACAGCAUAUGAAAGUUCUCGGGCCAGGGAUUGAAUCUGAGCCACAGCUAUGGCAAAGCUGGAUCUUUAACCCACUGUACCACAGCAGGAACUCCUUUCAGUCUUGUUUUGAGACAAAGCAGAGAUGUUGCUGCAGUAUAUUCAUCAUGGAGCUACAUUCACAGGAUGAAAAUGCCUCUCUCCCUCUGCGAUUCUUGUGUCCCCCCAAAGGUGAUUUUAUUUACAUUAGUAAUUCUCAAAGUAAUAUAUACACUGUACUUAAUUAGAAAGCAGAUGGCAUCAAAGACUUAACAGAGUGUGCUUUAUUGCGUGCUUAUAGUAUGUGCUACGUGUGCUGUUCUAUACACAUGCUAUGUAUGGAUUCAUGAUAUGUAUUGAUCCUCAUGAUAAUCCUGUGAAGUAGAUAUUUUCUGCCCCACAACCCACAGCAUGCAGAAGUUCUGCAGGCUGGGGACCGAACCCAUGCCACUGCCAGAGUGGCAGAACCAGAGCUACUGCAUUGGGCCAACACUGGAUGUUUAGGAGUUCCCAUCAUGGCUCAGUGGUUAACGAAUCCGACUGGGAACCAUGAGGUUGUGGGUUUGAUCCCUGGCCUUGCUCAGCAGGUUAGGGAUCCCGCGUUGCUGUGGCUCUGGCAUAGGCCGGCAGCUGUAGCUCCAAUUAGACCCCUAGCCUGGGAACCUCGAUAUGCCGCAAAUGCAGCCCUAAAAAGACAAAAGACAAAAAAAAGCUGGGUGUUUAAAGUGCUGAGCCACAAGAGAAUUCCAGAAGUGGGUAUUUUCUUAUUCUGUCGUUACAAAUUAGGAAAUUGACACUGGGACAGGUUAAGAAACUUGCCUGAAAUGAUGAGUCUGGCUGCACACGGUAAUGGCAAAGGAGACCUGAAGACCCAGGCUCUGAAUACUGGCGGAACCAGUUCUGUUCAUCCAUGCUCCUUCCACAAAUUCAGUGGCGCCUGUACGUUUCAGGCUUUUUAGGCUCACUUCUAGUUUUAAUCUUCGUCUGUAGCCAUUUAACUUUGAACCCUCUUGACUUUAAUUCAUUUUCUGUUUCUUAAUCUCUUUACCAUCUUCACACAGGUUUUUUUUUUGCAAUGUAUUCUUUUUUUAUGUCUUCGAUUCAUGUGAUCAGUCUGUCACUUUGAAUUAGCAGUCACAGUUCACACAGCAUCUUCCCACCAAAGAUUUAGGAAGAAAACAGGGAAGGAGACAUGGAAUUUUUAGUGCAGGGAGACCUAAAACAGAUCAAUUUUGUUAUGUUCUGGUAUGGACUCAUUAGUUGAACUGACACUUGAUAACAUUUAUUCUGUCUGUGUUCACAGUGCUUUGAAAUUGAUUGCUUGUAAAAUUUUACUGCCCAUUUCAACAGAUAUUUAUUUAAUGCCUCCAUUGUGCCAGGUAUAAUGUUUGGCAGUGCAUGGAUGCAGUUUUAGAAAUAUCUUGAACUUGUCUUGGGCAUUCUUUAGGGGAAGUAGUUUUAUUUUUUAUUUUAUUUUUUGGGGGGCGGGGAGUAGUUUUUAAAAAACAUUUGAUCCUCAUUAAUCACAAUAUAGGUUUAUUAGCUGUUAAAAUGUUGUUUGUUCUUUAAUUAAAAGGAAUUAGUAAUGUUUAACUCAUGUAAGUCAAAGAACCAAAAAUUUGUCAGCCUUUUUGGAAUAAAUCAAAGCUAUCAAAAUACAAUCCUAA